AUGUCGAACGGAACUGGAUCAGCCCCAGGACUCACCUUCUCGCGCGACACGUUUGCGGCAAUCACACCCGACCCGUUCUUACUCGCACAUCUCAAACAGGAGCCUAACUCUCGACCAAACGGACGGAAGACGUUCGAAGCCCGCCAACCUGUCAUCAACACUGGCUCACUCACGCACAGCAAUGGCAGCGCUGUGGUUCGUGUUGGCGAUACUGCAAUAGUCUGCGGUGUGCGUGGUGAGAUCCUCUUAGCUUCGGAUAUUCCGCACGCACCCAACGAGGACUUGCGGGAAGAAGAACUGAUUGAAGAAUUGGGUCUUCUAGUGCCAAAUAUCGAGCUCGGUACAGGCUGCUCGCCCGCGCACCUUCCUGGAAAUUCGCCGUCGACACUGGCGCAGUCCCUUUCAUAUCGUGUGUCUUCCCUUCUCCAGGACUCUCGUUGCAUCGACGCAUCCAACCUGUGCAUCAAGUAUACAGAGCCAAACGCCGAGGAUGAAGACUCAGACGACGACCCAAAAGUGGUGACAAAGGCCUACUGGACUCUAUACAUCGACGUGCUUUGCUUGGCGCUCGAUGGCAACGCUUUUGACGCCGCGUGGCUGGCGAUUGUCGCCGCGCUGCGUGACACUACACUGCCAAAGGCAUGGUGGGACCAGGACCGAGAGCAAAUCUUGUGCUCACCACUGCUGUCUGAUGCCUCUGCAUUGACUCUCAACGAUAUUCCGUCGGUAUCAACCUUUGCGGUGUAUACCACAGCUUCACCUUUGCAGAAGCCGGAGAAUGCCCAGAGCUGGGUACUGGCAGACCCUGACGCUUUUGAGGAGGAGAUUUGUCAUGAGACCCUCACACUUGCGGUGAGGAAGACCAGCAGCGGAGGCACACAGCUACUCAAGAUCGAGAAGAGUGGCGGAUCCUUCAUCGGCCAACCGACCAUGAGGGAGUGCGUUGAAGAAGCUGGAAAACGGUUGCGCCAAUCAGAUUUGGCACUGAAGAAAGGCUGA